AUGGAUAACUGCAUGACUGAGCAGAAUGAAUUGAGUGCUGAAUUGAAGUUCCUACAGUCGAAACAGAAGACUGUUCAAGAAAGUAAACUGAACUGGGAACAAACUGCUGAACAUAUAAAGUCUCAGGCCCAGGACACAGAGAGGCAGAUUAAGGAGGAGUAUGAGAAGCUCCACCAGUUUCUACGAGAUGAAGAGGCAGCCCGGAUAGAAGCUCUGAGGAUGGAAGAGCGGCAGAAGAGUCAGAUGAUGAAGGAGAAGAUUGAAAAGAUGAGCAGAGAGAUGGAAGCACUUUCAGCCACAAUCAGAGCCGUAGAAGAACAGAUGGAGGCUGAAGACGUCUCCUUCAUACAAAACUACAAGGCCACACUGGAAAGAGAGGAGGACGCUGACUUUGCCGCCACACACCAGAAAGAGCACAGUGUGGGACCAGGAGAGAAAGAAGGGACUCCUUAA